UUAAAUAACCACUUCGCAAAUAUUAUUUAGGGACAAACAACACGUGCAAUUCUGUGGUGGUGGACAGAGCGCCCAAGUACUCACGAUUUCAGGCACAAGGUGUCGCUCUUUACUUGGUAGAAAGAGGUGUUUCAUAGGUUGGUCUGAACAGCCUGGCAUUCUCCAUACAAAAGGACUCCAUCAUGCCGGAUGCUACUGCUAAAGGAUUCUUUGAAACUUCUCAAAAAUUCAGCGAGAUUUUUCACCUGAAACCGAGAUACCUGUACUGUAAGUGAAAAGAAUCUUAUUUUGGAAACCAAUUUCCUAUGCGAUGUUCAGUUCUGAGAGAAGGGGAUUGGGCGCUCCGCGACUACUGCUCUCGCUUCUGCUCCUCGAAUUCUGGAAGGCGGGGAGCGGCCAGCUCCACUACUCGGUCCCGGAGGAGGCCAAACACGGCACCUUCGUGGGCCGCAUCGCGCAGGACCUGGGGCUGGAGCUGGAGGAUCUAGUGCCCCGCCUGUUCCGGGUGGCGUCCAAGGGCCGCGCGGACCUUCUGGAGGUAAAUCUGCAGAAUGGCAUCUUGUUUGUGAAUUCUCGGAUCGACCGGGAGGAGCUGUGCGGGCGGAGCGCGGAGUGUAGCAUCCACCUGGAGGUGAUCGUGGAGCGGCCGCUGCAGGUUUUCCACGUGGAGGUGGAGGUGAAGGACAUUAACGACAACCCGCCGUUGUUCUCUGUCAAAGAACAAAGGCUGCAGAUUUUUGAAUCUAAGCAGUCUGACUCGCGUUUUCCGCUAGAGGGAGCUUCUGACGAGGACGUGGACGAAAAUGCUCUAUUGACUUACAGACUAAGUGAAAAUGAAUAUUUUUCUUUAGAGUCACCAACAAACAGCAAACAGAGUAAAAGACUGUCACUUAUAUUGAAGAAGUCGUUGGACAGAGAGAAGACUCCAGAACUUAAUUUGCUACUGACCGCUACAGACGGGGGAAAACCACAGCUCACCGGCAGCGUUCAGCUGUUCAUCCGCGUUUUGGACGUUAACGACAACGAUCCGGAGUUUGACCAAUCAGAAUACAAGGUGAGAUUAAUGGAAAAUGCUGCCGUAGGAACCUUCGUGAUAAAGCUAAAUGCCACAGACCGGGAUGAAGGAGUCAACGGGGAGGUAACAUACUCCUUGAUGUCAAUUAAGCCCAAUGGAAGUCCCUUAUUUAUUCUAGAUAGAAAUAAUGGAGAAAUGAGGGUCAAUGGGACUUUAGAUUAUGAAGAAAACAAGUUUUAUGAAAUUGAAGUACAGGCCACAGAUAAAGGGACUCCCCCAAUGGCAGGUCACUGUACAGUUUGGGUAGAAAUCUUAGACGCCAAUGACAACCCCCCUGAAGUAACUGUAACUACCUUGUCCCUCCCAGUACGAGAAGAUGCCCAAUCUGGCACUGUCAUUGCGCUUAUCAGUGUAUCUGACCCCGAUUCCGGAGUUAACGGACAGGUGACCUGCUCUCUGACGCCCAAUGCCCCUUUCAAAAUCGUGUCCACAUUUAAAAACUAUUAUUCACUGGUGCUGGACAGCCUUCUGGACAGAGAGAGAGUGUCGGCCUAUGAUCUGGUAGUAACGGCGCGGGACGGGGGCUCGCCUUCGCUCUGGGCCACCGCCAGCGUGUCGGCGGAGGUGGCCGACGUGACCGACAACGCGCCGCUGUUCCCGCAUCUUAACAGUGGAGUGCUCGUGAAGGGUAAGAGUCAGUAA